AUGCAUCCUCGCACAUCCUCUCUCCAACAACCUCCAGCUGCCGUUAUGAGCUAUUUCGACUUUCAGCCCGACGACUGCUCGGUGUCGCCGGUCAAGAAGGCCAAUCUUCGUCGCCUCGAUGCGUUCCACGACCGCCCUACCACUCCCUUCGAGGCUCCAGCCAAUGCAAACAUCUAUGUCAGACGUGCUCUUCCUCCUCUCCCAUCACCAGCAGCUCUUCCCGCUCUCCGCAACUGCUCAUCGUCAGAGUCCAUGGCUUCAUCAGGACCUGUGAGCCGACCAAGCACUGCCAUGUCCUGUAAACAGGACAAGUCUCUUCCUCCUCUCCCCUUCCGUCUCCAAAGAUCACCUUCGUUCGACUCGGAUGAGUCUGGCAAAGAGAACACAGCUGUUCUUCAGCAGGUCUCAAGGCCGCGUCAACACCGUGGCUACAGCUUCCGCAGUCUCUUGAACAGACACUCUGAGGAUGACCUCCCUUUGGCAUCCCCUAAGAGUGGCUACAGCGUUACCCGUGACUCACGUACGGACUCGGUCAUGGGAGACUACAACCUGUGCCAAGUCAAGACCAACGGAACCAUCUCUGCCACUAGCAGCAGACGUCCUUCAGCCCUCUCUCUUACCCACCUCAAGGCUGCCUCCAAGAAGAUCAAUGCCAGCGCUCCUCCAGUGCCCUCUCGUCCAUCAUCCCGCAAGGGCAGCACCAGCAACCACAACCAACACCGCUGGGGCACUCUCUUCCGCACCGUCGAGGACGACAAGGAGGACAUUCCCGCAAUGCCCAUCACCCCUGGUAUGAUGCCCGACUUGAGCUUCAACCGCUGCUACUACUUCUACGCCCGCAAUUGCAACGGCUACGUCCUCUCCGGAAGCUCCAGCGGUGACGCCUGCGAGAACUGCGCUCACUCUGGUUUCUUGGGCUCCCCUUGA